AUGGGCCAGUUGAAGCAAUUAAUUCACCAACGAGGCCAAGUGAAGGCGCGCGUGACAGUGAUUGUUCAAAAGUUGGAUGACGCUUUAGCACAGCCAACAUCAACGAGCUUAUCCCAGUUGAAAGCGUUUGAACGGAAAUUAGAACUGCAUUAUUCGGAGUAUUCAGCAAAACAUGACCAGAUCAUGGACCUUUGUUCCAGUGAAAAUACGGAUGAGCAGGAUCAGAAGUUAGACGAGUUCGACGAGCUGCAUACUGAUGCGUUAGUGAAACUCAAUCGCCUGCAGGAGUUUUUACGUGCUGAUUCACCGCCAAAUGCCAAUAGUAUUCCCCAAGUGAUAGUAACCCAGCAACCCUUGAAGACGCCGAUUCCGACCUUUGACGGCAAAUACGAAGGAUGGCCCAAGUUCAAAGCUCUCUUCAGUGAUCUAGUCGGAAAAUGUGGUGACUCCGACGCAACUAAAUUGCAGUACCUAGACAAAGCGUUAAUCGGCGAAGCUUCUGGUAUCCUUGAUGCGAGAAUUAUCAACGACAACAAUUUUGAGCGAGCCUGGUUGUUGUUAGAAGAGCGUUUCGAGAAUCCAAGAGUAAUUAUUGACACUCAUAUUUCCGGUCUGCUGUCAAUGAAACCGAUUUCAAAACAGAACUACAAAGAGCUGAGAGCCUUAAUUGACACCUGCAAUCGUCAUGUGGAAGGAUUGCGAUUCAUGGAGCAAGAGGUCGAUGGAACAGCCGGUCUCAUCGUAGUGAAACUGCUUACAUCGUGCCUUGACGGAGAAACGCGCAAGCAAUGGGAGCAAACAUUGGAGCACGGAGAACUUCCCGAUCUCGAAGAAUCCAUGAAGUUUCUCAGAAGUUACUGCCAAGUUCUUGAAAGAUGUGAAGUGGAUAAGCCUUCUUCAUCCAAAUCAGCAGCUAAGCCAACUUCGAUUGCAAAACCCAGCGCGCCACCGAGAACAUCCCAUCCAGUAACAUCCAAUCAAUCAGAGAUUUUGUGUGAAGUAUGCGCGGGUCAGCAUAGUAAUUACAAAUGUCCUUCCUUCUUGAGCAUGAGUGUUGAUCAGCGUGUUACCAAGGUGAAACAAAUCGGAUUAUGUUUCAACUGUCUUCGGAAAGGUCACCAACUGAGAGCUUGUCCGUCGGAUAAAUCAUGUUCGAAGUGUUCCAAAAAGCAUCAUACGUUGCUCCACUUCGAGCAACUAUUGCAACCUGAGCCUAAGCAGCAGAAUUCCAGUGGAUCAAACAGCCUGCAAGAAGCUAAUGCAGUAACCACUAUUUCUGAGAAUCCUGUAUCUACAGCGUGUUCCAGCGUUCAACGUCGUGCAAAACAAGUGCUAUUGAUGACUGCAUUGGUGAAUGUAGCUUCAAAAAGUGGAAGAGUCUUCAAGUUACGUGCCCUCCUCGAUUCAGGGUCUCAAGUCAACCUGGUAUCCGAUUCUGCUGUGAAAAUGCUAGCGCUUCCAAAGUAUCCUGCCAACGUGCCAGUUGUAGGAGUAGCUGGUGCCCAAUCCAAAAUUCGUCAUCGUGUGAUUUUAAAGCUAUUUUCUGAGCAUACAGACUUCAAAAGUGAUGUGGACUGUUUGGUGACAACGAAAGUGACAGGAAAAAUACCAUCCAUUCCGAUUAACAUUUCAGAAUGGAAAUUUCCGAGCGGCAUUGUGUUAGCCGAUCCAGGUUUCAACGAGCCAAAGGAGGUGGACCUAUUGAUUGGCGCCGAACUAUUUUUCCAAAUCCUCAAACAAGCUCAACUGAAAAUCUCCGAUGAUCUACCUACACUGUAUGAGACUCAGUUUGGAUGGGUUAUGGCCGGUGCUCUGCCAGAAUCCAAUGAUGAAGUCGUCAACGUGUUGUGUGCCACAAACGAAGAUCCGUUGCUGGAGAGUAUCCAAAGAUUUUUCGAACAGGAAGAGCUUCCGAAAGAAAAGGUGCUUACGGUUGAAGAGGAAGAGAUAGAAAAUCAUUUCUGCAAAACGUUCUAUCGAGAUGAAGAUGGCCGAUUUGUGGUUCAGCUACCAUUCCGCGAUUCCAUCAAUGAAUUAGGUAACUCCAGAUCAUUAGCGUUCAAGAGGUUCCUAUCGAGUGAAAAACGACUAGCCAACAACCCAGAGAUGAAGGUGAUGUACCAAGCCUUUAUAAAGGAAUAUGAAGACCUUGGUCAUUGCCAUGAAAUCCGCGAAGAGUGUGAUCCACCAGAUCAACGAAGCUACUAUCUCCCGCAUCAUGCAGUACUCAAACCUUCGAGCACCAGCACAGCUCUACGUGUUGUAUUUGACGGCAAGGCGCAGUCGAACGGAUUAUCCCUCAACGAAGUUUUGAUGGUUGGUCCCAAAAUCCAGAACGAUCUAUUUUCCAUCGUAUUGCGUUUCAGAAAACACGUUUAUGCAUUUUCGGCAGACGUUGAGAAAAUGUAUAGACAAGUGAGAAUCGAUCCAAGCCAGACCCGUUUCCAGAGAAUUUUUUGGCGUGACAAACCAACCGACCCAAUAAGAGUGAUGGAGCUGGACACAGUGACAUACGGAACAUCUCCGGCAUCGUUCCUGGCCGUUAGAUCCAUGAUUCAACUUGCGAGAGACGAGAGAGUAAACUUUCCUAUAGCAGCUGAGUCUAUAAUAGAAGAUUGCUACAUGGACGAUAUUUUAAGUGGUGCCUCAACACUAACAGCCGCGAAACAACUACGAAGUGAUAUCGAGGAGCUAAUGGCGAAAGGAAAGUUUCCAAUACGGAAGUGGUGUUCCAACGACGACGAAGUGCUUGAAGGUGUUCCGGAGCGAGACCGUGAAAAAUUGAGACGCAUAGAAGAUUCUCGUGCUAACGAAACUAUUCGCGCUUUGGGCAUUCUGUGGAAUCCAAGAAGUGAUCAGUUCCUAUUUUGGAGAAGUCCGGAAUCGAUUCAACUCGAACAAAAGUGGUACUUCUCUUCUCUGGUAUUAGCCAAGUCCAUCAUGCAACAAUUGUGGGCUGAUGGUUUAGGAUGGGAUGAGACCCUUGAGAGCAAGACGCUGAGUAGAUGGAUGAUCUUUCAUCAGUCGCUAGUUGGAUUGAACGAGAUACAAAUACCGAGAUGUGUUGUGGUUCCUGAGGCUAUUCGCGUGGAGAUGCAUGGUUUCUCGGAUGCAUCGUGUACUGCUUAUGGCGCCUGUCUUAAUCUGCGUUGUAUUCAGGUGGAUGGAGCGGUUUCAGUUAAAUUGCUAUGCAGUAAGUCUAAGAUUGCUCCAUUACGUCGUCUCACAAUGCCCAGACUAGAAUUGUGUGCCGCCGUGACAUUGGCAAAACUGGUCAGUGUAGUGAUUCCUAUCUUAAAGAUUGAAAUCAGCGAUGUCAAGUUAUGGGCUGACAGCCAGAUUGUGCUGGCGUGGCUGAAGAAGGAUCCAGAGCGACUUGAAGUGUACGUUAGAAACCGAGUUUUGGAGAUUAACAAGCUAACUAGUACCUAUGUGUGGAAGUACGUCAGAUCAGAGAAUAACCCAGCGGAUCUGAUCUCUAGAGGGUGUGUCCCAGAUGUUUUACAUCGCUCCGAUAUGUGGUGGAAUGGUCCACAAUUCCUUCAAACUGUCAAUUACGAGAUCCAGGAGACUCCGGUGAUUCAAGACGACGAGUUACCGGAAAUAAGGAAGACUAAAGUGUGUAACACAGCUGUUGAAGUUGAGGACGAAGCAUUGUUCGAACGAUGUGGCUCAUUUUCCAAGUUGCAGCGUAUACUGGCGCAAGUGGUGAGAUUCACUCGACUGACACGAAUGGUAAAGGAGGAACGUAAAAAUUGUCGGUUCAUCUCCGUACAAGAUAUGCGAAAAGCGUUGGAGUGCAUAGUGCGAAUUCUACAGAAGAACCAUUUAAGCGAAGAGAUCCAGUGCGUUCGAAGCAAGGAGUUGUCGAAGCGACUCGCGAGUCUUCAGCCGUUCUUAGACGAAAAGGGUUUUCUACGCGUUGGUGGACGUCUACAAAACUCUAAUCUACCGUUUGAAGCCAAGCACCAGUUACUUCUUCCACGUAAUCAUCGAGUGACGGAGAUGCUGAUUCGUCAAUAUCACGAGGAGAGAUUCCAUGAGGGACCAUCCGGUUUGCUGGCAGCGAUAAGGCAGAAGUACUGGUUGGUCAAUGCUCGAUCCGCAAUUCGGAAGGUGACCCGCAGCUGCGUGAAGUGUUUCCGAGUCAAACCGAGAAGGGUACAGCCGUUAAUGGGGAAUCUUCCGGAAGAACGUGUGAAUGCAGCAGCGGCGUUCGAACUCACUGGUGUGGAUUACGCCGGUCCUGUGGUAGUGAAAGAAGGAAGGUAUAAACCAAAACACGUAAAGGCAUACAUAGCUCUGUUUGUGUGUCUUGCAACGAAAUCGAUUCACCUAGAACUGGUGUCUGACUUGACAACGGAAGCCUUCCUCGCUGCUUUGGAUCGUUUUGUAAAUCGACGUGGGAUGGUUCGCAAAAUAAUGUCGGACAACGCAACUAAUUUUGUUGGAGCCUCAAAGGAACUUCACAAACUGUUCAUGAUGUUCCGCGACGAGAUCGAAAAGGCGAAAAUCAACAAUUUCCUGCUUCAACGAGAGAUAGAGUGGGAAUUCAUUCCGCCCCGAUCACCGAAUUUCGGGGGUUUAUGGGAGGCAGGAGUAAAGGUUGUCAAGUCUCACCUCUAUCGGACUUUAGGCAACGCAAUUUUAACGUUUGAAGAGUUCGGAACGGUUUUGACCCACGUUGAAGCUAUUGUCAAUUCAAGGCCGCUAUAUGCACUGUCUGAUGACCCAAACGAACCGCUUCCGAUAACUCCUGCACAUUUAAUGAUUGGAAGACCGUUAGAACCAAUUUUAAAGCCAUCGUAUUCCGGAGUAGCUGUGAACCGUCUGUCCCGCCACCAGUACCUUAAUUAUUUGCGUGAUCAGUUUUGGUCAAAGUGGUCGCGUAACUAUCUGUCAUCACUCCAAUCUAGGACAAAGUGGACAAAAAAUGAACCUAAUGUGAAAAUAGGUACCAUAGUGCUACUAAUCGAAGACAAUCAACCAGUUCAAUCGUGGAGGUUAGGUCGAAUCGUAGCAGUUUACCCAGGAAAGGACAAUACAAUUAGAGUCGCCGACGUGAAGACUGCAUCGGGAGUUUUUCGACGAACUAUCCGCAACUUGGCCCCUCUACCUAUCGCCGACAAUGACGAUCCGACGAUUUCUGCUUUGGAAUUAGAUUCCAACCGGCGGGUGGAUGUACGCGAUGGACGCUUCCAGAACGAUCGAGCAACGCGUCAUAGUGGCGUGCGCUGA